GUGACUGAGAUGAAUGACAGCAGGUUGAGGAGGCUCCUAUGGUUCCCCAAAAUCCUUACAUUGCAAAAUUUUAACAUCGUGGAGAUGAUGAAGAACCCUUGCUAUUGCUUGGUACUAAUUAAGGCAAUUGAGACCUUGUUUGGCUUAUUGCGCGUGGUGGUACAGUACAGGGCGAGAGUUGACUUCUCAAUCCCCGUUGAGAGUUUCCUUGAUCCUCCGGCCGUGUGUUUUAGGCCGGAUCGAAAAGACCCAUUCUCAAAGUUUCAUAAAUAUGGUCUGAUGUUCCGGUGCUAUGACCUCGUCCGCCAGAAAGUCUCUCCGAUUCCUUUCGGAGAGAAAACGGUCAGGUUGACUUUCGACGUCGUGUCAUCUCGUAUUUGGUCUAGAUCUUAUCAAUGGUUAGAUAAGAUUGAAAGAAAACUCUGGAAGAGUGCUGUGGUCUUGCUAUGGCUCUGGCGCCGAAAGGCCCCUCGAGUCCUCCUGGUAGGAUACAGUAAGAAGACUGUAAGCGCAUCUGAGCGCCUUUUUCCCGCGACAAUAUAUGGACACUAA